ACUGGCUGGCUAGCGCUGGAAGGGGGCGGGGCCGUGGCAGGCGCUGGUAGCAGUCGGCCGAGCACCGUUAGGGCAGCCCCGAGCCCGGCGCCCAGCCAGACCCUUGGAAGAGGUGUCUCGUCCCCUGCCACCGCCCAGGCCUCGCUGGCGCCCUCCCGCUGGUAUCAGCGCGCUCCCGAGCGGCAGUGAGCCACGUUUGGGUCCGGACCAGGGAAGGACGUUAGUCAGCAGUCUGGUAGCUGGAUUCCCUAGGAAGAGAAGUUCUCAAGCAGUAAGAAGAAAGCCCUUCAAUUUGGAACACUUCUUUGCAGCUGGAAAUGGGGAAUGGGCUGUCAGACCAGACUUCUAUCCUGUCCAGCCUGCCUUCAUUUCAGUCCUUCCACAUUGUCAUUCUGGGUUUGGACUCUGCUGGAAAGACAACUGUGUUAUACAGGCUGCAGUUCAAUGAAUUUGUAAAUACCGUACCUACCAAAGGAUUUAACACGGAAAAAAUUAAGGUAACGCUGGGAAAUUCUAAAACAGUCACUUUUCACUUCUGGGAUGUAGGUGGUCAGGAGAAAUUAAGGCCGCUGUGGAAGUCAUAUACCAGAUGCACAGAUGGCAUUGUGUUUGUUGUGGACUCUGUUGAUGCUGAAAGGAUGGAAGAAGCCAAAACUGAACUUCAUAAAAUAACUAGGAUAUCAGAAAAUCAAGGAGUCCCUGUGCUUAUAGUUGCUAACAAACAAGACCUGAGGAACUCGUUGUCUCUCUCAGAAAUUGAGAAAUUGUUAGCAAUGGGUGAACUGAGCUCAUCAACUCCCUGGCAUUUGCAGCCCACCUGUGCAAUCAUAGGCGAUGGACUGAAGGAAGGACUUGAGAAGCUACAUGAUAUGAUAAUUAAAAGAAGAAAAAUGUUGCGGCAGCAGAAAAAGAAAAGAUGAAUGGUGAUAACCUUUUAGAUCUGUGUGGAGUAGGUUUUCUGUGGUCUGAUUUUGACAAAUGGAAGAGUGUCUACAGCCUGGUUUGCCUGCCUGCCCUCCUGGAUGCUGUUAAAGCUUUGUUUUGUUGAACAAUCAGAUGUCCAACUCUGUUGCCUUGUGGAAGAUGAGUAAAUGCAGUGCUUCUUAAAAUGGCCUCUUCUCCCUACCCCACAAAUCUUUUGGUACUACCAUUUUGGGAAGCCAAGCAAAGAUAGAAAAUUGACCAGAAAACAGCUGUGGAAAUUUGACCUGAAGUUACUGAAAUAAAACUUUGAAGAGUG